AUGUGGGGUGCGCUAUGGGUCGGAUUACUGGGUGAAGGGAAUAGCACUGUCGACCUUCUGGCCUUCCGGGAAUUCAGAGUUUUAAUAGGAAUUACAUUAUCGAAGGAAGGAAUUCCAGGUUCAUGGUGGAGAAUGGUUGCCUCGACGUCGUGGGCGCUGGCUCUUCUGCAACUCGAGGGCUAUGGCGAGGAGGACCUGCAGGAGACCGGAGAGCCCCCACAGGUCGCCCUUCGGAGUCGGCUCAGGCCCGUCCACCCCGACCAAGUGAACACGACCGUGCAGCCGUCCCUCAAGUUCCUCUUCGUCCGGCAUCCGCUCGAGCGCGUCGUCUCCGCCUACAGGAACAAGCUCGAGGACUCUUAUGCAUCCAGCGACGGCGAGUACUUCUACAGGACCUACAGCAGGAGCAUCGGCAGACACGACGACAACCCAGGUGACGGCGAGGACUACCGGAGGGAGCCGACGUUCGAGGAGUUCGUCGACUACCUCAUCAACACGGAGGUGGUGGACUACGACGAGCACUGGAAGCCCAUGUGGCUGCAGUGCCACGUGUGCGACCUCGAGUACGACUACAUCAUCAAAUACGAGGCCUUUCAGGAGGAGAGCGAGUACUUCAUGCACCUCCUGAAGGAGAGGAAACACCUGCCCGAAAGCUUUGCCAUCCGCUGGGAGAACAAGGGCGGCACCGACAGGGACGCGACGCUCGAGUACCUGAGCAGGAUUAGCGAGCACAAACUUUGGCUGCUGUACGCGAAAUAUCAACAGGAUUUCAACUUUUUCGGUUACACGAUGGAGGGCUACACCAAAUCGAUCCCUCCUGAACUUUCCAUUCACACGAACAAUUUGCAUUAGAUAGCAGCGUGACCUUCAAAACUGUAUUUAUUUUCGAAUUCUAAGAAUAAACAGGUAUUUAUAAAG